UUUUUUCUCUGAGUUUUUUUAGAGACUCUACAUCCUGCUUACCGAGUCCAUGUUUUAAGUAUAUGAUAUAAUAAUGCAUACUGGUUUAACUGCUAAAACGCUAAAGUAUCCAUGUGAGUUUUACUUUUGGAUUGCUAGUACAACUAUCGAUUCCUCUGCAAAUACUUUCCUAAAUAAUUUAUAACGACAACAUAAGACUGACUGUCCUUUAAUAUGCUCGGGUCUUGCUAAGUAAAAGAAAAAAGAAAAAGAAAAAAGAAGAAAAAAAAAAAGAAAAGAACCCCGCAAGUCUAUGCUCAGAUUAACCUAAAAUAUUAUGGUUUAGUUUUACUCGAUUUUGGCAGCACAGUCCAUCAGUAGAUUGCAUAAGAAGAACAAACUUAUUCAAUACAGCAAUUAACAAAGUGGUGUAACAAAAGAAAAAAGAAAAAAGUCGCAUUCGAAGAAAUGGAAGAUGAAGAAAAUAGGCUUGUGAUUUAAUUAUUAAAGAACUCGUUUCUGCACAGAAGGGGUUAACGCGGGAUUUUCAAAUUGGCGCAAUGAGGUGGGCCAUGCUCAUCAGCCAAUGAAAAAGCAGAGCUCGGAUAUAUAAAGGAGCUAGAGCGUUUGCCAUUGUACAGUUCCUGUUUCUUAGACUUCACAGGCCUAAGGUGGAGCAAGACUAAUAAUGGCGCGUACGAAGCAGACGGCGCGUAAGUCGACGGGCGGGAAGGCGCCCCGCAAGCAGCUGGCCACCAAGGCUGCCCGCAAGAGCGCGCCGGCCACCGGCGGCGUGAAGAAGCCGCACCGCUACCGGCCCGGCACGGUGGCGCUGCGCGAGAUCCGGCGCUACCAGAAGUCGACGGAGCUGCUGAUCCGCAAGCUGCCCUUCCAGCGCCUGGUGCGCGAGAUCGCGCAGGACUUCAAGACCGACCUGCGCUUCCAGAGCUCGGCCGUCAUGGCGCUGCAGGAGGCCAGCGAGGCCUACCUGGUGGGGCUGUUCGAGGACACCAACCUGUGCGCCAUCCACGCCAAGCGCGUCACCAUCAUGCCCAAGGACAUCCAGCUGGCCCGCCGCAUCCGCGGCGAGCGCGCCUGAGGCUUCUGCCCAGCCAGCACCAAACCCAAAGGCUCUUCUAAGAGCCACCACAUGGCCACCGGAGAGAGCUGUGUCUCUGUUUUUCAGAUCAGGUAUAGGCAGCCCGUGCUGAGUGCUCUUUCCCGUGCUGGCGGCAGUGCUGAUGCUGAGAUAACGGGGAGGUUGGGGCUGCAGGGAACGUGGGAUACGCCCCUUUCCUGGGCCCGCGUGUGUUGGCGGUUCUGACUGCGGCUCCCUGUUCAGAGCUGCCGCGGGGUGGGGAGCGGUGCUUAGAGGAGGCAUCCAUCCCUUCAGCUGGAAGAGGGGGAGUAAGAGGAAAGCGUUUUCGGACAGGGCUGGCGGCCUCUUCCCUUUGCACUCCCCGGGGUGCUACGGGUGCUCUCAGCUGGUGCUUCUCCGUGCGCCUUCCCGCUCUGUCCCGCCCCACUCCCCGGCUGGCAGAGCUGAGCGCGCCGCCAUUUCAUGAGCUUCCCGUGUGAGGCCGCUGCUCUAAAGCCGGCGGCCGCGGAGCAGCUCUCGCUGUGGCACUUUCCCCCGGUAUCCCGUUUUCCUCCCUUGCUUGUCCCUUCCAUUCUCGUUUCAAAGGAGAACGGAGUGAGGGAGUGAAGGGAGGUGGGGAGGGGAAGAUGGAUGAAAACAAAACCCAGUUUUCUUCCAGAAACUAUUUUUUUUCCCUUGUGCCCAGAAGCCCAGGAGUCAAGCAAAACCACUGUUCCCGCAGUAUUUUUCGGGAGAGCAAUCGAGGCAUCUUCCCCCAUCCUUUUUCAAACUCGCCUGUUGCUUGAAGCAGGGAGGGUUCGAAGAAAGACCGCGGGCAGCACUUCCUACAGCCGACAGAUACCAGCGUAAAGCCCAACCCCCAGACCCCAACCUUUUAUCGCAACCUCAACGAAUAGAGAUUACAGCUCUUUUUUGUAAGUGUGGGUGGCUCUUAAAAGAGCCUUUGUGUUUUAACAAUGUAAGCUAUCCCAACACCUAAGUUUAGCCGCCGAAGCCGUAGAGGGUGCGUCCCUGGCGCUUGAGGGCGUAGACCACGUCCAUGGCUGUCACGGUCUUCCUCUUGGCGUGCUCGGUGUAGGUGACAGCGUCGCGGAUCACGUUCUCCAGGAACACCUUCAGCACUCCGCGAGUCUCCUCGUAGAUGAGCCCCGAGAUGCGCUUGACGCCGCCGCGCCGAGCCAGGCGGCGGAUGGCCGGCUUGGUGAUGCCCUGGAUGUUGUCGCGCAGCACCUUGCGGUGGCGCUUGGCGCCCCCCUUGCCGAGCCCCUUCCCGCCCUUGCCUCUACCAGACAUGCUUACACACUCACCCGACUCUGAGCCGCGUGUGGCACAACUACGCGCCAGCACCUCUCUAUAUUGCCGGCGGUCCGACCUGGUUGAGGACUGCGGCGGGGCAGGGCACGGGCGGGCUCAUCUCCGCGCCCUUCCCCCUGCGGCCAGGGACGUUCGCGCCAUCGCCGGCGACAGGCGGCGGGGCUGGGCGGCACCGUGCUCACCCCUGCGCCGGGACACCCCCCUCUCCCCCCGCCGGCUCGGCCCGGGCAUCGCGGCAGCAAAUCCCCGGGCGGAGUGCCUCCUUCCCGGCUUCCCGGUCCCGUCGUUGCGUCGCUCGGUGCCAGUGUCGCAGCCGGGCCCCGCCGGCCGCGGGUCUGCAGCAAAAUCCAGCCAAUGGGGGCGGCGGGGCCGGGAGCGCCGCUUCCCGCCCGCGCUCCGCCGCCGCCAUUUCGCUGCGCUCCAACAAAGGGCCCGGUGGGGGGGCACCCGGAGGUGCCGUGGUGCCGUUGUGGUUAGUCAGUGUUUCCGACUUGAGGAACGUCCCUCACGUGCUCUGUGCGUCCUAUUCAUAUGGAGACUCCAAGCUGUCAGCCUCAGCCCAGGCCAUCAACCUUACACCUGUACACUGCCAGGAGACUGAAGACAGGACUGGUGGUUAUCCCUUCAAUAUAAAAUAUAAUCCCACAUUUUGCACCUGACAGCCCCUAAAUUACUGCUGGAAUGUCUGAGUUCUGAUCAGCUUAGCCCUGUUUUUCAGUUUCAUUCACCUCCUGCCCCUGAUCCCAGACUCAGUCUUCAGAACUGUCUCACCACCAUCUUCCACCUUCACCGCACCCUCUGGGUUGAUCCUAAUUAAAAAAAUCUAAUGCAUCUGAAAACAAUAAAAAAAUAACUAAACAAAAAUUUGUUCUGUGCUCAGAAGCACUACAAUGAAAAUAAUUUGAAUGCCAAGAAUCAUCAGAAGAGGAAAAGAGAGUGAAACAGAGGAUAUUUUAUGUUUGUACUGUUGCAACAUUGUGUGAAAUAGUUGCACCCUGAGUACUGUGCACAUUUCUGGCCUUUUAAAAAAAUGUAGUGCAACUAGAAAAUAAAGUUCUGAGAAAAGCCAUAAA